AUGUCAGUGUGCGUGUGCAGCGUGUCAGCCUGUCUGCUGCUGGCGCUCCUCUUCGGAGGCGCGUGCUGCGCCGCAGCUGCCUGCAGAAACAGAUGCUGCGCCUUCGUGGAGAACUUUCCGCCGCGACUCAAGGAUCUCAGGACCUCUUUUCACAAGAUGAAGGAUUACUAUGAGGAUAAGGAUCAAAUUGAAACGGCACUACUGGAUUCGUCUGUCCUACUCGAGAUUCAGAGCCCUUACGGAUGUCGAGCGAUGAACGACAUCUUACAUUUUUACCUUGACACCGUGUUACCAGCUGCAAAGAACGCCAGCGACGACUUCAAGCCUCACAUCGCCAACAUUGGUACUAUAUUUUAUGAGCUGAAGAGAGAACUGCUAUAUUGCAAGGAUUACUUUUCCUGCAAGAAACCCUUUGAACUUGAAAGCAUCAUUGACGCAUACAAUAAAAUGCAGGAGCAGGGGUUGUACAAAGCCAUGGGGGAGUUGGACUUGUUAUUUAACUACAUUGAGGAGUACAUGGUGUCAAAGAGACGACCUCACUGACCUGUGAAAGACCUCUCCAGCCAAUCCAAGCACAGCUGUGACACAUGGCAGAAGAGAGGAGAACAGUCAUGCACCAGUCACCCGUGGACUUCUCCCAGUUUACAGUGGUGGAUGUCCAGUAUCACUACCCUUAUAUGACGGAGACACACCCAUCAUCCCACAGAGAGAGGCAUAUUUUCCCACGUGCUUUGGCUGCAUGUUUUCUAGUAAUCCUUUUUGUACUGAUGUGACCGAGCUAAGGCUGUAAUAUCGGUAGUGUCUGCAGGCAUAUCCUGCACUUUGGAAACACUUGAUUUAGUAAGACUGCUCUUCACUUUGCUCUUAACUUUGAGUCACGAAUUUAAGGAAGUUUCACAUUUUCUGUUCUCACAUCACAAUUUUCCUUUCACUGUCCGCCAACCAUAUUUAUGUUUGCAAAAAAUGUGACACCUGCUUUAACUCGUUUCUGCAGGCUAAGGACAAAACUCAGUCCAAUGGGUGAGUCUGGGCUCACGUUAUGACAUAAAAAGCUGUCAUGACCUUAAA